GAUAUUUGUGCUGGGUAUUGGAUUUUUCACCCUGUGCUUCCUCAUGACGUCGCUGGGAGGACAGUUCUCAGCCAAGCGCCUGGGGGACUCGCCCUUUACCAUCCGGACCGAAGUGAUGGGCGCGCUGGAGUCCCGAGGUGUGCUGCGGAGAAUGAGCGACAUGCUGGAGAUGCUGAUGAAGAGGAUGGACAUCCUGGCCAGGCUGGAGAAUAGCACGGACUUCCACAAAGGGGAUGAAGCACGAUUCCCUCUGGACAGGUUCCAGCCAGCAGCUGGGUUGAUGGAGAGGAUCCAAGCUAUAGCUCAAAACGUCUCAGACAUCGCAAUAAAAGUAGAUCAGAUUCUCCGGAACAGCAUCCUGAAUGGGAAAGUGGUGGAAGGCAGGAGGGACCAGUGCGAGGUGCCCAGGGACCCCAAGUACCCUGACUGCGCUGGCAAAGUGGAGUGGAUGAGGGCCAGGUGGACCUCCGACCCCUGCUAUGCGUUCUUUGGCGUGGACGGCACCGAGUGCUCGUUCCUCAUCUACCUCAGCGAAGUCGAGUGGUUCUGCCCUCCCCUGUCGUGGCGGAACCGGACGGUGGCUUUGCCUUCGGGGGAACAGCCUGCAGCUUUCCAGAAUGACCUGGCUCACCUCCUGGAGCUGAUUGGCACGGGCAAGGAGUCCCUCAGCUUCAUGAAGAAGAGGAUCCGGCACUUGCAGUGGCUGCGGGCGGCUCAGCGCCUCGAGCAGAAGCUGAAGGGCCGGCAAAGGGACCAGAAACACAUCCUGAUCCAUAUCGGCUUCCUGACAGAGGAGUCAGGGGAUGUUUUCAGUCCACGGGUGCUGAAGGGGGGACCGCUGGGCGAGAUGGUGCAGUGGGCUGACAUCCUGGCUGCCCUCUUCCUCCUGGGACACAGCCUGAGGGUCACGGUCUCCCUGAAGGAGCUGCAAAG